AAAAACAUGAUUAUGAUCGGUUGACCGUGCAUAUUCCUUUUUCUCUUUUUUGAAUAUAAGAAUGACUGUAUUUUUUUUUAAUAAAAAUAUGGUUGUUACUCUUCCGAAUUUCCGUUAACUGAACACUAUAAUCUGUAUCGGAGGCGAUGAUAAAAGCACCGCAAACUAGACGGAGAAGAGAUGUUUCCUCCGCAAUACGCAUUCUUGUGUCGUCUGUUCUGAAAGCGUUUGGCGCCAAACAGAGUCUUAAGAAGCUGAUUUGAAAUUUAGAGAGAGAGAGAGAAGACUUGUUUUCUGAAGGAGAGAGAAACUUGAAAGCUGAAAAUGACAGUUGGAACUCUUGUACCUAAGGCAGAGAGUAACAAACCAAGGAAGAAGAAGGAAAUUGUUGAUGAGAAUGCGCCUUUGUUACCUAAGACUCAAGAAACAGAUGCUGAGAUCCAUGAAUUUAACGGAGCUUCAUUUUCUGGGGCUGUUUUCAAUUUGUCCACCACAGUUAUUGGUGCUGGGAUCAUGGGCUUGCCUGCCUGUGUCAAAAAGUUGGGAAUGGUGCCUGGCCUUCUUGCCAUAAUCCUAACAGCAUUAUUGACAGAGAAGGCAAUUGAGUUCAUGAUCAGGUUUUCGAGGGCAGGGAAUAUUUCUUCCUAUGGAAGUCUUAUGGGGGAUGCCUUUGGGAAAUAUGGAAAAGCUUCGGUAGAGUUAUGUAUUGUAAUCGGUAACAUUGGUAUUCUUAUUGUUUACAUGAUAAUUAUUGGUGAUGUGAUUUCUGGAACAACUUCAAGUGGAAUUCACCAUGCUGGUAUCCUUGAAGGAUGGUUUGGUGUCCAUUGGUGGACUGGGCGUACAUUUGUUAUUGUUUUCACAACACUUGCUGUGUUUGCACCUUUGGUCAGCCUCAAGCGAAUUGAUUCAUUGAGAUUCACAUCUGCUUUGUCAAUUGGAUUAGCAGUUGUUUUCCUUGUCAUUGCUGCAGGGAUCUCAAUUAUCAAGAUUAUUAGUGGAGGCAUUGGGAUGCCCAGACUCUUCCCCAUCAUUACUGAUGUAGCCUCAGUUCUUGAUCUAUUCACUGUAGUUCCUGUGCUGAUGACAGCCUACAUCUGUCACUACAAUGUUCAUAACAUAGAUAAUGAACUGGAGGAUUCCUCACAGAUGCGUGGGGUUGUGCGCGCUUCCCUUACUCUAUGCUCUUCAGUGUACUUACUGACAAGCUUCUUUGGGUUCCUUCUAUUUGGCGAAGAAAUUCUUGAUGACGUGCUUGCCAAUUUUGAUACUGAUCUUGGAAUUCCUUUCGGUUCUGCGCUCAAUGAUGCUGUUCGUUUUAGCUAUGCUGCGCAUCUUGUGCUUGUAUUUCCUGUAGUGUUCUAUGCAGUGAGGGUCAAUAUAGAUGGUCUCAUAUUUUCGUCUUCAAGAAGGCCUUUGCUUGUUGAUAACUUCAGAUUUGCAUCGAUUACUAUUGCCCUUGUUUGCACUAUCUUCUUGGGAGCAAAUUUCAUACCUAACAUUUGGGUAAUUUUCCAGUUCGCUGGAGCAACAAGUUCUGUUUGUAUAGCAUUCAUAUUUCCAGCUGCAAUCACUCUGAGGGAUCGUUACAACAUAGCAACUAAAAAAGACAGGAUUAUGUCUCUCAUUAUGAUAGUCCUUGCAGUCUUGUCAAAUGCUAUAGCUAUAUACAGUGAUGCCUAUGCUUUGAUCAACAAGAAAAAAACUUAAUGCAAGUGAUUUCUUGAUUUUAUAGCUCACGGUACAGUACAGGUAUUUCCAUACUUUCAGAUGAAAGGGACAUAAGUUGCAGUGAUUAUGUAUAAAAUCCUUUUUUUAGAGGGUCUGAUUCUUAUAGGUUGAUUAUAAAAUAAACAAAGCAACCAUGUGUCUAGACAACUUCCGACAUGAAUCAAAGAGAGGAAAACAAAAUACAAAACCGUAUAUUUAUACAGUGUCCGACAACAUAUUUGUUGUACAAAUAACACCACUCUUCACAUUAUUAAGGAUGCAUCUUUAAUGAAGUUGAUUUUUGUUAUUUCUCGAUAAUCAUUUGUAUCUCGAAAUUUUCUUGCUGCUAAUCUAAUUUAUUUUAUAUUUGAAA